AUGGCUGCUGUGAAUAAUCCAUCCACCGGUGCUGGCGGUGGUGGUGUGCUGAGUAAAAAGAACGGGGGCGGGGGUACUAGCAGUAGCAAUUCGACGACCUCUACGGUCGCCGCAAACGGGGCUUCCUCCAAGAACGCGGCUGCAACCGAGCGGGAGGAAAAGUCCUCGUUCUACCUUGACUUUUUGCGGCAAAACGAGAUGCUAUACGGACGGCUGCAAGUGUUUUACGGAGAUCUGUUUCUGGACGAAAAGAAUAUGAACCUUGAUGCGGGAGGAGACCACCUGAAAAUGAAAUCUUCUUCCGCGGCCACUUCUACCCCCAAAAAAGGGGGUAAAUCGCCCCCGUCGAAAAAAAGUGAUAAAAACGCCACUACAGGAGAAGUAGAGCUGCAGCAGCAUUAUAUGACCAUCCCGAAGAAUAAAUUCCGGAACAACGACGGGGCUCGAUCGCCACAUCUCGCUGGACCAAGCAGCUGCGAAACGAUCGAUAGUAAAAACACUGAAGCCGCUGGUUCAGGUGUGGCUGCGACGUCGGGAGCAAAGAAUACAACACCUGCACCAGCAGUCCUCGACGAGGUUAGUAGUAGUGCAGCAGCUGGCGGUAAAAAUAUCAUGAAAAAAGAGGCCACCGGUUUAUUUCCCUCUUUGGUUGAGGAAGAGAAGGUGCUGGAAAGGGUUUGGGCUGAAGUAGUUUCGCCGGUCCUGCAGGUGGACGAGAGGAACAACAACACGCCGGCUGAUAUUUGUGCCUCUUCUAUUAGAAGUGCGGGUCUACUGAUCCUGAAGGCAGAGGACUUUGAGAAGGUUGUGACCUUCCAAAAAUGCAACAAGUGCCGGUGCUGGAGGGGGUGA